AUGAAACGCAUGAAGAAGAGCCAUGUGAAACUCGGAUUCGAAACGUCACCACCCUCCCCGAUCGUAGCGAAAGAGAUCACGUUACGAAGUCACAUACAAGAGUUACUUGACAAGCUGCCACAAAAUCUCCCAACCUACUAUCACGAGGAGCUUAUCGGUAGGUGUCACAGAAACACUUCUCGAAUAUAUCUGACCCUCGCACUAGAUAGAAUCUGUUUCCUACUUCAUAGUCCACUCUUCUCCUACGUCGUCGGCCCACGCAUCUGGCGAGCAGAACAGAAAGCCCAGUCGUCUGAAACCCAGGCCGCGACAACCCAGACACCAAUUGUCAAGAACACUCAUGAAGGCGUCAUUCGAGAGCCGGCGACCUAUCCCGCACUGUCUAAGCUACGCAUAGACAUCAAGCAGGAAAAGGACGACUGGGUAGAAGAUUCUUCGUUCGUCAUGAGUUUCUGCUUCUUCUGCGAGGAAGUAGCUUUCUUGAGUAGCGAGUUCAGGUCGAGGGAGCGUGCUGGAGCCAUCUUGCGCGGUACUGCGGGCGAGCAGGACCGAUGCGGAGAGGAAGAAGCGGCGCCUUGUCAAGUUGAAGGUAAGAAGUAUAAUGAUGCGUGA